CCUUACAAACCACCUAUCCCUUAUCCUCAAAGGCAAAUUAAAACCAAAGACGCGGGCCAAUUUAAAAAAUUUGUUGACCUACUGAAACAAUUAAACGUCACCAUUCCUUUUACAGAAGCUAUUACACAGAUGCCCUCAUAUAUAGUUGAAACCGUUACACUCACUGCUGAGUGUAGUGCAAUAAUCCAGAAAAUGCCUCAUAAACUUAAAGAUCCUGGUAGUUUCUCUAUACCCUGUCAUAUAGGAAAAUUUGUCAUAGACAAAGCGUUGUGUGAUUUAGGAGCCGGUAUCAGUGUUAUGCCCUUAUCCAUAUGCAAGAAACUAGAAAUGGGAGAAUUAAGACCAACUAAAAUGUCUGUGCAAUUAGCAGAUCGUUCCGUUAGAUAUCCUGUAGGAAUCCUUGAAAAUGUUCCCGUGCGCAUAGGUCAAUUCUACAUCCCAACCGAUUUUAUAAUUAUGGACAUAAGAGAAGAUGAAGUUACCCCCAUUAUAUUGGGAAGACCAUUCUUAGCAACCGCCGGUGCCAUCAUAGACGUAAAACGAGGACGACUCACUUUCGAAGUAGGAGAAGAGAAAAUUGAGUUCAUUCUUUCCAAAUUUUUGAAAGCACCUGCAAUAGAAGACACA